UACUAAUACAGUUUCUUAUUGCUCUUUCUUGUGUGUCAUCAGUUCAUUCGGACUAUUAGUGUUGUGUAGUUUUACGAGUUUCCAAAAGUAUAAAUUCCAGACAUUUAAUUUUCAUGGUUUAGUGGUCGUACUGUUCGUGAUUCACAAAUAUAAUAAGUAUCCAGGAUGCAUCUUGGUGUAAAUUUGUCCAAUGCUCUUCAGCAAUUGGAAAGUGUGAAAGCUGCUGUGGAUCAAAGUGAUGACCCGAAACUGAAGGCUGCUACCAAUGAUGACCUGAACAUGUUGAUAAGCUUACUAGAGAGUCCGAUCCUGAAGAGCAUAGCUACACUUCAGGACUCUGUUGGCAUGCUGGCUACACAAGUGGCUCAUCAUCCUUCGAUUCUGCCCGGUGACUUUGAUAUUACUCCUGCAGGUGAACUUGCUCUCCAAGCUCGAAACUUGUACGGCGCGGAGGGCGAGGAAGAACAACGAGUCCCGCAGGUGUCUCCGCCGCACUGCCUCGAUUUCGGCUCGAGCUCGGACAACGAGCGCGUGUUGGGGCUUGACACUGCCUCCAUCGACUCGAAUAUGUCGCCUAAACAGAGUCAUGGCAUCCUCGAAAUGUCCAGAAACGACGACUCUCUGGCGUCUGCCUCUCCUAACAUAGUUGCGGGCGACUGGGCGCAAGUGGAGGUCAUAAACCUCGUCAACGACGGCACUGGUCUUGGAUUCGGUAUAAUUGGAGCAAGGACUAGUGGUGUGAUUGUCAAAACCAUCUUGGCGGGCGGCGUCGCGGACCGCGACGGGCGUCUCAAGUCUGGAGAUCACAUUCUACAAAUAGGAGAUGCUCAUUUGGUGGAAAUGGGUUCCGAGCAAGUGGCAGGCGUGCUCCGAGCAUCCGGUUCUCGGGUCCGCCUGGUGGUAGCGCGCGCCGUGGACCCGGCGCUAGCGCCGCCCGCCGCCGCGCCGCUCGUCCCCGCCAGGCUCCUGUCGGACCCGGAGGCGCUGGACCGGUAUCUGCUGGAAACCGGCUUCGAGCAGGUGUUCCACACCCAGCCGGCGCACCACCCGCCCGCUUCUCGGUUCGUGUUCGACAGCGCGGUGACGCCGCCUCCUGAUACAGAUGCUGAAUCACCGGAGGUCGACAGAUUUACGGUGCAGUUGAAGAAGGAUGAGAAUGGACUGGGAAUAACUAUAGCAGGUUACGUGUGCGAAAAAGAGGAGCUUUCGGGUAUCUUCGUGAAGUCGGUGUCGGCGGGAAGCGCGGCGGCAUUAAGCGGUCGUGUGCGAGUCAACGAUCGCAUCGUGGCCGUUGAUGGCGCGUCGUUGGCUGGCAAGUCCAACCAGCGCGCCGUCGAUGCGCUUAAACAGAGCGGGAAUCUCGUCACACUCGAGCUGGAGAGAUACCUGCGCGGUCCGAAAUAUGAGCAGCUGCAGCAAGCAAUAGCAGCGGGUGAGAGUGCUGGGGUCGCAACUGUCGCGCACAACCCGUUCCUGCACAUGCACCGACCGGAACCGGCGCACCAAGACAUACAGAUGACAACGUUACACAACGUGGAAUCCAGCGUGGAGGAUCCUGCGCCGUCGCCGCCGCGCAGCCCGCCCGGCGCGCGCGCGCAGCCCGCGUUCGAGAUGCCAAGGGGCGCCGAACAGAAGGAGGCUAUUAGGAGGAAGUGGCAGUCCAUAUUAGGCGAAGACGUGGAAAUCGUAGUAGGAGUAGUGAUGCGCGGCGGGGGCGGGCUCGGCAUCUCGCUAGAGGGCACGGUGGACGUGGAGGGAGGCCGCGAGGUGCGGCCGCACCACUACGUGCGCUCCGUGCUGCCCGAGGGGCCCGUGGGCCGCGCCGGCGUGCACCGCCCCGGCGACGAGCUGCUCGAGGUGAACGGGCACCGGCUACUGGGCAUGAACCACCUGGAGGUGGUGUCGAUCCUGAAGGAGCUGUCGAGCGAGGUGUGCAUGGUGUGCGCGCGACCUCGCCCCGCUCCUGCGCAUGCGCAUGCGCCGCCGCUCGACCUGGCGCCGCCCGCGCCCACGCUCGUCAAGGCUAAAUCAGACGGCAGCCUAGCUGGCGCGGGUGCUGAGGAAGGCGGGUCGCUGUCGGGCGGGAAGGUGCGCUCGCGCAGCCUGGAGCCGCUCACGGGACUGGCCAUGUGGUCUUCCGAGCCGCAGAUUAUAGAACUGCUGAAAGGCGAGCGCGGCCUCGGCUUCUCAAUCCUAGACUACCAGGACCCGUUGCGACCCGCGCACACGCUCGUGGUGAUCCGCUCGCUCGUGCCGGGCGGCGUGGCCCAGCAGGACGGCCGGCUCAUCCCCGGCGACCGGCUGCUGUUCGUCAACGACCAGAACCUCUCGGACGCGAGCCUGGAGCAGGCGGUGGCGGCGCUGAAGGGCGCGGCGCGCGGCGUGGUGCGCAUCGGCGUGGCCAAGCCGCUGCCGCUCGUCGACGCGCCUCCCCCUCCCCUGCCAGCCUCCGCGCCGCCCAGCCACCACUGAGGGCGCGGCGUG